AUGUUCACACUCGCUGCACUAAUGGUAGAUAAGUACUUGGAGGGUGAUUGUCUUCCAACCACGCUAUGCAGAAUUAUUGCUGGCGUAGUUUAUCUCUCCAUAGAGGCUGUGGGUACAGGUUGUUCUUUUUUUGUGAGAGGAAAGUCAUUAAAUAAUUUCUCCCCUCACAAAGAGGAGGAGUGUCAGACUUUUACUGACUAUAAACCCCCUCGUUCCUUCUCCUGCUGCUCUAGGCUGAAGCCGCGGUGCCUCAAUGCGCUUACCCCGCAACGCUGGCUGAACAUCAGUCCCAUAGAGCCCUGUGGUGGCCGUCCGCUUAAGGUGGCCGGAGGUCGUCUCUCGAUGCCCGAUACCCGGAUUAUUGCCUACUGUAGUGAUAUUACAUCUAGCUUGUUACCUUUUAAAACGAAAGUACUUAUGUAA